UUAAAAUAUAUUUACAUUUACCUAUGUAAAACUCUUAUAAUGAAAUCACACUUGGAGAUCAUAUUACUUUCAACAAUCUUGUUAAUUAAUGUGCAAUUGAGUUCAUCAAAUGAAAGAAAAUUCCCAAAAAAUUUUGUAUUUGGCUCAUCCUCUUCGGCAUAUCAAAUAGAAGGAGGUUGGAAUGAAGAUGGAAGGGGUUUAAGUAUAUGGGAUGUUUAUACGCAUGAAAAUCCAAAUAGAAUUGCAGAUCGUUCAAAUGGAGAUAUUGCAGCAGAUUCAUAUCAUAAAUUUGAUGAAGACUUAAAAGCUAUUAAAGAAUUGGGUUUAGAAUAUUAUCGUUUUUCAAUAUCAUGGCCAAGAGUGAUGCCUUUCGGAAAUAAUUCAUUGAUAAAUGAAAAGGGAAUAGAAUAUUAUAAUUCUAUAAUUAAUAAACUUUUAAAUGCAAAUGUUACUCCAAUGAUUACUAUGUAUCAUUUUGAUUUACCUGAAGAAUUAAAUAAGAUAGAGGGCUUUUUAAAUCCAUCAAUUAUUGAAUAUUUUAAAAAUUAUUCAGAUCUUUUAUUUGAUAAAUUUGGAGAUCGUGUUAAACAUUGGGUAACAUUUAAUGAAGCUUUUUUUGUAUGCCGUCAUGGAUAUGGUACAGCUGAAUUUCCUCCAACAAUUAGCGAUUCCGGAAUAUCGGAUUACAAAUGUAUUGAUAAUUUGUUAAAAUCACAUGCUGUUACAUACAAACUGUAUAAAGAAAAAUAUUUUAAAAAAUAUGAUUCAAAUGGCAAAGUUGGUAUAGCAUUAAAUGCUAGAUUUUUUUUUUCUGAAACAAAUGAUACUGAAUUGGUUAAUAGAGGAUUGGAAUUUGAACUUGGUAUCCUUGCUCAACCAAUUUUUGGUCAAAAUGGUGGAUAUCCCGAAAUUGUUCUUAAAACCAUAGCUGAAAAUGACAAAAAAGAAGGUCUGGAAUUUCCAAGACUUAAACAAUUCGAUUCAACUUGGUUGAAUUUAAUCAAAGGAAGUGCUGAUUUUCUAGGAUUUCAGUAUUAUAGCUCAAGAAUGAUAUUACCGAUUUCAAGUGAACUGACUGGAAUUUCCUUUGAAAAAGAUGCUAAUUAUAAUAUAACUGGAAAUCCAAAAUGGAAACCUGGCAUUACAAGUCAAUGGUAUUCCGUUCCUGAAGGACUUGAAUUGAUUUUGAAAUGGAUUUCAAAAAAGUAUGGUGAUAUUGAAAUUAUGAUAACAGAAAAUGGAUGGGCUGAUAAAGGUGAACUAGAAGAUGACAGCCGCGUUGAAUUUUUAAGAGAUCAUAUGGAAUCUAUAUUGAAUGCUAUUGAAAGUGGAGUUCGUGUGACCGGUUAUCUACCAUGGAGUUUAAUAGAUAAUUUUGAAUGGAAUGCUGGAUAUACGCAAAAAUUUGGUUUGUAUGGUGUAGAUUUUUCCGAUCCAAAUCGGAAGAGAACUCAAAAGAAAUCGGCAAGAUACUUUAAGGAAGUAAUUAAAACACGAAAGCUGAUAAAUCAAGGAUGUAAUACAAACUGCAAGUUAUACAAGAGAAGCGGCAAUGAUUGAUACUUUUGAAAAAAAAUAUUUAACUAAUAAAAUUAAGGGGAAAUAUUAUGGUGGAAUAGGGAAAUGGCCUCUUGAAAAACGUUGUCGGUUGGGUUUAUUAUUACUUUAUAAAGCAAUGAAAAUUAUUGUAGACAAAAAAAAUAUAUCGAAUAAAUUUUAUUAAAUUCAGUUUAAUAAAAUUAAGAAGUUUUUCUUUAAAAUUACUUUAA